CUGUAAGUGUUGCUCAGAAGCGAAAGAGAAGUUGUCCGAGGCGCGCGAGGGGAGUGAUUGAUGCUUCUUUAGUGAGGUUUCCCACACAGCGAUUUUGAUCUGAAAUAUCACUUACUCGACUCUAAAUUUAAUCCUCCAUUAAAUCUCCACUACCAUUUUAACUAAUUUUAUAGACAUCUAUAUAUCUCGUUUGCUGCACCUGCCCCGCUGAUACAGUUUGCACAUCCGUGUGCUCAUCGCGUGGAUCGGGGAGGUGGACUACCCAGCUCCGCAGGAGAGCUCCCCCGCGAAACGCGUCAUGGGAUACGGGAGAAUUGGCUCUGCUUUGUCUGAAGAACUUGUGGAUCUCUAACACGAAUUUUUUAAAAAGAUAAACGACACUUUAACACGCAUAUUUUCUUGGAGAAGUGAUCUUUCUCAUCCGGGAUUUACAAGCCCCCAUCAGAUCCUUCCUCUCAUCAUCUUUUUUAACAGCAGGUUUGGUUUGAAGUGGCAGGAUGACCACAUCUGACUGCCUGAAAUUAGUGGCUGUUAUCUUCUGCUGUUCUUCACUCACAACUGCAGGACACUCAGUGAGAGACCUGAAGAUUCAGCCCGCUGGUGAUCUUGUUCUUCAAAAGGGUGAUUUGUUGAGCCUCACAUGCAGGGGUCAUGGUGUCUUGCACUGGACAUUUGGCAAUGCUCAGCCAUCGCUGUCCUCAGAGGGGGUAAAAAUGAAGUCCUGCAAUUCCACACAUCAUUAUCACUGCAGCAAACUGACGAUUCCACACUUGAGAGUCAAUGACACAGGGAGAUACAUCUGUAAUUACUCCAAAUCCGGUGAAAUCUACGUUACAUCAACAUAUGUCUACGUUAAAGAUCCAGAGCAACCGUUUGUGGAGCCCUAUGAUCCUAAUCCUUAUGCCCUGGGCAUCUACAGCCAUGAGACCAGCCUCGUGGUCCCCUGCCGGACAUCGUCACCUGAUAUUAAUGUCACACUGACAACGAGCCCGGCUAUGUCAGGGAAUACCACUCAAGAAAUUGUUUGGGAUCCGAAAGUGGGCUUUAAAAUUCCCUUUAAUCCCAAAACAUUGUCCAUGCUCACCUGCAACACUGUGGUCAACGGGCAUUGGUUCAAGUCAGCGUAUUUCCUUCAGAGAUGGACUCUUGUUUUAAAGAAUGUAAAGAUCAUCCAAGAAAAACAUGUAAAAGUGUUGGUGGGUGACACCCUCAGCCUCAUCUGUAGUGGUGAGACCGAAUUAAACGGAAGAAUUUCGUUCACCUGGGAUUUUCCAAGAAAGAGACAAAACCGCGAAAACUGUACAGAGAAGUCUGAUCUCAUACGUACAGACGUUACUGUGAUGACCCGGACUUUAAAUUUGACAAAUAUUACCAUGGAGGAUAAGGGGACAUAUCGGUGCAAGGCUGAGCUUGUACCCGUAAAACCCAAGACUGUAUCAGUAAAGGUCAUUGUGUAUGAGCAUCCUUUUCUCAACAUCUCCUAUAAGCAGCAGCGACAUGGCACAGUGGUUGUCAGUGAAGGUAAAAAGAGGCUUGUGCUUGAGCCCAAGGUCAACGCUAUUCCACAACCUGACACGAUAACAUGGUAUAAAGAUGGGGUCCUCAUCCAGAAGAACUCUACCUGUUACAAGAUGUCUGGCUAUAGCUUGGCCAUUGCUGAUGUGCAGCAGAAGCAUGCUGGCGUCUUCACCAUUAGCCUGGGAAACAAACUGAGGGGACUCUACAGAAAUCUGAGCUACACUCUGACAGUGGACAUGAAGCCAACUAUUUCAGAGGCGGAGCUCCCCACAGUGAACGUACAACCCUACAUGUUGGGCAAGCAGCAUCAGCUAACCUGCACUGCAUUUGCAGUGCCGGCUCCAAACAUCACUUGGUUCUGGCAACCUUGUCUCCCAACUGCAACACUCAAAGAUUGCAUUACUCACACCAAGCCAAUCCUGGUCAACCCCGACAAGAGGGGAAAUGAUUCCAACUCUAUUAAGAACAUUAACGUAAAGGAUGCAUUGGUUCAAGGAAAAAAUAAGACUGUGGGCACCCUGGUGAUCGGAGAGGCUGGUGUGUCAGGAAAAUACUCCUGCCGGGUGCAGAACGAGUAUGGCACGAGCACAGUGACGAUGCCUUUCUAUGUUGACGAUCUCCCUAAAGAAGUUAUCAUCACACCACAGAUGGCAAUCGAGGGGGAUGACGUCACCCUGACCUGUCGGGCAACCCGUUACCUCUACACAGACCUACAGUGGUUGGAUUCCAGGAAUCAAACCAUCACUUCCAACAUGUCCAGCCUCCAGCUAAACAAAUAUUCCAUCUCUCGCUCUCUCUAUCUGCACAAUGUGUCCCAAAGCAGCACCACAGGUUACAAGUGCCAAGCAGUCAAGCUCCACGAGAGGCUUGAACUCCAGACAGCUGCACUAGUUGUGGAUGAGCGAAAACGGCCAUGGCUCAGUCAAAACCUGACAAAUCAAGACGUGAACAGUAGCAGUACCUUGGUCAUGGCUUGCUGCGCUUCAGGAGUUCCUCGUCCCCUCAUCGAAUGGUACAAAAAUGGCAUUCGAGUGGAAGAGAGUCCAGGUGUCACUUUGGGAGAAGACGGGACUCUGAUCAUUGGAAGGGUGAAGAAGGAUGAUGAGGGUCUGUACGAGUGUGUGGCUCAAAACGUUGAGGGUUUUGCAAAAACAAGUGCUGUUGUCACUGUGCUUGGAGAUGAAGGGAAGCCAAACAUUGAGGUCAUCAUUUUGGUGUGCACUGGAGCUGCUGCCACGUUCCUCUGGCUCAUGCUUAUCCUCUUUAUUCGCAAGCUCAGGAAGCAACCAGCACAUUACAAAAUGGGCCCAUCUAUAAUCAUUGAUCCUGAUGAGUACCCUCUCGAGGAGCAGAAUGACCUUCUUCAGUAUGACAGCAGCAAAUGGGAGUUUCCACGAGAUCGUCUCAGACUGGGUAAAACCCUCGGUCAUGGAGCUUUUGGGAAAGUGGUUGAGGCUGCAGCCUUUGGAAUCGACAAGCUCUCAACAUGUAAGACUGUUGCAGUUAAGAUGCUGAAAGGAGGUGCUACAUCAAAUGAGCGUAAAGCUCUGAUGUCAGAGUUAAAGAUCCUGAUCCAUAUUGGAAAUCACCUGAAUGUGGUCAACCUGCUGGGAGCCUGCACGAAACCUGGAGGACCACUGAUGAUGAUAGUGGAGUUCUGCAAAUAUGGCAACUUGUCCAACUAUCUGAGAAGCAAGAGAGAUGACUUUCUUGUGUACAAGAGCCAGGACGGUAAGGUGGUGUCAGCAGGGUCGGGCUGCGAACUGAGUGAGCUGAUGAAGCGCCGCCUGGAGAGCGUGGCCAGCACCGGAAGCUCAGCCAGCUCUGGCUUUAUCGAAGAUAAGAGCUACUGCGACUCAGAGGAAGAGGAAGAAGAGUGUGAAGAUUUAUACAAGAGAGUCCUCACAUUGGAAGAUCUAAUUUGCUACAGUUUCCAAGUUGCAAAAGGCAUGGAGUUCUUGGCAUCACGCAAGUGCAUCCAUCGUGAUUUGGCUGCAAGGAACAUCCUGCUGUCUGAGAACAAUGUUGUGAAGAUUUGUGAUUUUGGACUUGCCAGAGACAUUUACAAAGACCCGGAUUAUGUGCGCAAAGGAGACGCUAGACUGCCACUCAAGUGGAUGGCACCGGAGGCCAUAUUUGACAAGAUCUACACAACUCAGAGUGACGUUUGGUCCUUUGGUGUUCUCAUGUGGGAGAUUUUCUCUCUAGGUGCCUCCCCAUAUCCCGGCGUCCAGAUUGAUGAAGAAUUUUGCUGCAGAUUGAAGGAGGGGACCAGGAUGAGAGCGCCAGAUUACUCUCCUUCUGAAAUAUAUCAGACCAUGCUGGAUUGCUGGCAGGGUGAGCCACAGCAGCGACCGACCUUCACUGAGCUGGUGGAAAGGCUGGGAGACCUGCUUCAAGCCAGCGUGCAACAGGAGGGCAAACACUACAUACCCAUCAACACAGCUUUGCUGGCGAAGGUGGGAGAGCAGACAACCACAGUGUCGACGGAGGAGACACCCACACGACCCGUCUCCCACCGCGACUCAGGAGGCACCUGGAACAUCAAAAUCCGUCCUGCUAGUGUGAAAACCUUUGACGAGGUCACCAUGGAGAACGGGAGAAAUGAGAACCAAGAGGGUCAGUCGGACAGCGGGAUGGGCCUUUCUUCUGACAACAUAAAGACAUUGAUGCGCUUCGAAUCGCUGACAGGACGACCUCUGAGUAUCAUAGCUCUAGCGAUGAAGGCGGCAAGUAAGAGUAAAGAGUCUGUACUGAGUGACACAGACAAGGAGAAGUUCCUACCAGCUGUUCCCCCUUUGGAUUUCAGUCUGGAUGACUCGGUUCUGGACGCCAGUCUGGAGUGUCACAGUCCGCCACCUGACUACGACUAUGUGGUGCGCUACUCCACCCCUCCUGUGUAACCUCCGCUGGCGAAUUUGAGACUGAUGUUCAUUUCUGUUUUGACUAUCCUCUGCAAGAGGAAAACACAUGGUUCCCUCUUUAAGUGUUUAGAAAUUAAUCAGCUACACUACAUCUUCCAACUUCCAGAGCGUCUGCUGUGCAACAAAAGAAACCUGUAGACUGUUAAUUCCUUUACAGAUUUUAGACGUGGGCUCACGCUGAUGCUGCUGGUCCGUUCCACCUUCACUGUGAUAUGUCAAACAGCUGAAAACAGGCUCAGGUAUUUCUUUGAUGUACUGUGAAAUAUAUAGCAUUAAUUACCACAGAUUUAAACAUUCAUUGAUGAUGAUGAAGAGUAAUGCCCAGAAAAGACUAUUCAAAUUGGAAAUUGAUUAAUUUUCAACGCUGUUUUAAUCAUUUUAUUUUAAUCUUAUUAAGUGAAAACUGGCCAGUAAUUUGUGAGGAAUUAUUUGAAAAAGGGGUCAUUUAAUAGAGACGCUGUUGCUACAUUUGCCCGAGUGGAGGUUCAUGUUUUCUCAAAAUACAAAGCUAUUUAUGAUCAUUGUUUGUCGGAUUUUAUUAAAAAAAAGAAAAAAGAAAAAAAAUGCUAAAGCAAAAAAGAAAAACGUGAAACUCAGGUUGAUCCAAAGUGAAAGAGGAAAGGAGCACUCUAGACUAAAUUGAUGUUUUUAAGCUAUAUUUUGCUUUUGAAAAUAACCAGUUAAUGUAGGAAACAGGGUUCAGAUUUAAUAUUAAAGCUCGAUUCAUCCUCUUGUGCCAGUUGAAUAAAUACUGUUUUUGUACAUUUUCUCAUGUACAGAUGAUUUUAGAAACACACAGUUAGAGCAAAUCUUCAUAGAAACAAAUUAUUCAUAAAGCACUAGUAGAAUUGUGUAUUUAUAUAGAAUGUAAACACUGUCACUUAGUCAUCCAGUUCGUUCUGGCUCAUAUUUCCAAGUUAACCAAAGGGUUUUUCAGCUCAGUUGUCCUCUUAUCAAUGUGUUAAAUUCCAGUGUUUUAAUCCAGGUGUAUAUUCUUUUUUUGCUGCUGUAUUUACUGAUAGAUAAACUGUGGGAAUCUGCCUCCACAGAAAGAAAGUGUUAACUGUUCUCCAUCCUGUGUUACAUGCUUGUAAAUCUUGUUAGCACCGAUGCUCUCCAAAGACAAAUGCUCACAAGAUAAAUGCUCACAGUACUAAUAGAAAAAGAGACAAAUGCUCACAAACAGAUUUACAAUCUUUAUUUUUCAACAUCAGAAAAAAAAAAAAAUUAACUGAACAUUUUGUUGCAUGUCACAUACGACAUAUCACA